AUGUCUAAUCAGGAAAUAUAUAAAGGCAUUCGAGGAGGAAAAGAUGUGUGCCUCAAAGUUCUUCGUCUUUUCCCAUCAGAUGAUUCUGCUAGAAAGGAGAAGACAAUUAGCGAACUGUGCAAAGAGGCCCUCCUAUGGUCCCAGUUUGAUCAUCCCAAUGUCUUGCCCUUCUUGGGCGUGAAUAACGAACUAUUUCCUAUUCACGGUUUCUGUAUGGUCUCUCCUUGGAUGGAGAAUGGGGGCAUCAUCACCUUCCUUCAGAAGAAUACCGGACACGAUAGACUAGUCGUGUGUCGAGAGAUUGCAGCCGGACUGACCUACCUGCACUCAUGCAAAGUUGCACAUGGUAAUAUGAAGCCUCCAAACAUUCUCGUCGACAAAGCUGGUCAUUGUCGUCUAGCGGAUUUCGGCUUGGCAACAACGGUCCACGAAGCGAGUUCUUCCUUCAACCCAACGACUGCGACUGGUAGUCAAAAGGGAACACUCCGUUAUAUGGCACCGGAAAUCAUACUCAUGUCGGACGACUCGGACUCGGCGUCGAAUGGUCGAACCUCGAAAAUCGAUAAAUUUGCUGCAGAUGUUUACGCAUACGCGUGCACCCUUCUUGAAAUAAUAACAGGCAAACCUCCUUUCCCAGCGCUCAACGAUGCCGCGGUUAUGUUAUGCGUCGUAACUUUGAACAUUCGACCGAACCGGCCGACAGAAGCUGGGGUUUGGUGCCCGGAUAAUGUCUGGGGAUUGAUUGAGAAGUGUUGGGAUAGGAAACCGAAACAGCGGCCCAUGGCGAAAAACAUCUUGAGCUUCCUUGAACGUAUAGAGGAGCUUCGGCGCUCUGGAGAACCUUGGGAUCAAUAUUGA